ACAGGGAGGAAACAACGUUCCGACCAGAGCAGCCGCUGCCAACGAUGCAAUGCCUCGUUUUACACAUGAACCCUGGGCAUAGGCACCUCCUGAGUGCCACGGUCACCUCGAAGAGACAGUGCCAUCCUCGUUUACGCUGAUCAUUUGCGAUAAGCUUCAGUAGGGAGUAUACGAAAGGACCUAAGGUAGCCGGUAGAGACCGGAGUCGGGGCUUUAUGUUUGCCGGAACGAAGCUGGAGAGGAAGCUGAAGCAAUGGGUUUCUCCUUCAGCCUUCGAUGAACUGAAUUAAGCUGGACCCACACGACUCAGCUAUCCUGCCCCUGCCUAUAGUGGGGGCUCCCUUCUCCCUCUCGCCUUCUCCAGCUAUGGCAGGCUUCAAGCGGGGCUAUGAUGGCAAAAUUGCUGGCCUGUACGACCUGGACAAGACACUGGGCCGUGGUCACUUUGCUGUGGUCAAGCUGGCACGCCACGUCUUCACUGGGGAGAAGGUGGCGGUGAAAGUGAUUGACAAGACUAAGCUAGACACCGUGGCUACAGGCCACCUUUUCCAGGAAGUCCGCUGCAUGAAGCUGGUCCAGCACCCCAACAUUGUGCGCCUAUAUGAAGUGAUAGAUACUCAGACCAAGCUUUACCUCAUCUUGGAGCUAGGCGAUGGAGGGGAUAUGUUUGACUACAUCAUGAAACAUGAGGAGGGUCUGAAUGAAGAGCUUGCUAAGAAAUAUUUUGCCCAGAUUGUUCAUGCUAUCUCCUACUGCCAUCGGCUACAUGUGGUGCACAGGGACCUCAAGCCAGAGAAUGUGGUGUUCUUCGAGAAACAAGGGCUGGUCAAGCUCACAGACUUUGGAUUCAGUAACAAGUUUCAGCCGGGAAAAAAGCUGACCACCAGUUGUGGAUCUCUGGCAUACUCUGCACCGGAAAUACUGCUGGGUGAUGAGUAUGAUGCUCCAGCUGUAGAUAUCUGGAGUCUGGGUGUGAUCCUGUUCAUGUUGGUAUGUGGCCAGCCACCGUUCCAGGAAGCUAACGACAGUGAGACGCUCACCAUGAUCAUGGACUGUAAAUACACUGUACCGGCCCACGUCUCCUGUGCCUGCAAAGAUCUGAUAGACCGUAUGCUUCAGAGGGAUCCUAAGCGACGGGCCUCCCUGGAGGAGAUUGAGAGCCAUGCCUGGCUGCAGGGGGUAGACCCUUCCCCAGCCACCAAGUACAAUACUCCCCUGGUCUCCCACAAGAACCUAUCUGAGGAGGAACACAACAGCAUCAUCCAGCGCAUGGUGCUUGGAGACAUCGCUGACCGAGAGGCCAUAGUGGAAGCCCUGGAGACUAACAAAUACAACCACAUCACAGCCACAUACUACCUACUAGCGGAGAGGAUCCUAAGGGAGAAGCAGGAAAAAGAGGUCCAGACUCGCUCCUCCAGCCCCAGCAACAUCAAGGCUCACUUCAGGCAGUCGUGGCCCACCAGAGUGGACAUGCAUCAGGACAUAGAGGACAGUUUGGCAGCAUCCUCUAUCUCCCACGCUGGAGGCCCCCAGUCCCCAGCCCGCAGUGCAGAAAACCUCCUCAAUGGACAUCGCUCCAAAGGCAUGAUGGAGCUGGGCCGACGGAAUGAAACAACAGUCACCGACUCUCCAGGUCUACCAGCACCGGGAGCCUGUGCUGCUGCCUCGGGCCCUGCUCCUGGGUCUGCUUCUGGAACCAUCAGGGCCGCACCAUCCACCUCAGCAGCAGCCAAGCAGAGAACCUGCCUGUUCAGGGUGGAGGAGGACGAAGAGGAAGAGGAAGAGCAGGACCCCUCUCCCCUCCCAACCCAGGUGAUCCUGAGGCGUAAGCCCCCCUCCAUCACUAACCGCCUUACCUCCAGGAAAAGUGCCCCGGUGCUCAACCAGAUUUUCGAGGAGGAGGGGGAGUCAGACGAUGACUUCGACUUGGAUGAGGGCCUGCCGCCCAAACUCAGCCGUCUCAAGAUGAACAUGGCCGGGAACGCUGCCAACCUGAGCUCGGGGGCAGGCUCCUCUUCAUCCCCGGGGACCACGCAAAAGCGCUAUCACCGACGCAAGAGCCAGGGAAGGGGGUCAUCGUGUUCGAGCUCUGAGACCAGUGAUGACGACUCAGAAAGCCACCGUAGGCGUCUGGAUAAAGACUCAGGCUUCAGUUAUGGCUGGAACAGAAGGGACAGCAGCGAGGGGCCACCUGGCAGCUCAGGGGGCAAUGGAGGAGGCAGCAGCUCAGGGCAAAGUAAACCUCCAGGAGAGGGAGGCGGAACCUCUGGUCCCGACAGGGGGAGUCCUCCUGGAGGGGGUGGUAAUGGAGGAGGAGGGCAUGGCGGCAGUGGAGGGGGGAGUGGGGAUGGAGGAGGGGGUAAUAAAGGACAAGACAGCCCCUCCAGUUGUUGUAACAACAGUAGCACUACUCACCCCUCCCUCAGCUCUGUGUCACGCUCGUCCCGCACGGCGAGCCGCAGCACUGAGCUGAUGGAAAGCCUGAAGCUGAUGAGUCUGUGCCUCAGCUCCCAGCUGCAGCACCACCGCGGGGGUCGGGGAGGGCGAGGAGGAGGGGGUGGCAAGUUCAUCAUAGACCCUGGCACCCUCUCAGGAGGGAGCGUGAAAGUCCAGGAGAAAUCAGCCUGGAGGAUGUGCAUUGGCUCCACUGGGAGCGUGGACACCGUCACCCUCCCCACCACCACUGCCCUGCCUCGCACCUACACCGCCCACCGCAAAACAGCGCCACAUAGCCCCCCGGGCCUGCCAGGUGGCAGGGUUGCUCACAGCAACCUGAGCGCCUUGAAAAACGGUGUGCUUCAACUACCUCUGUGUGAGAAGACCAUCUCUGUGAACAUCCAGCGGGGUGGGGGCUCCAGGGACGGCCUGCUCUGUACCUCAGCUCCAGCCAGCUGCUGCCAGGUCAUCUGAAGCUGUGCCUCUCAGUCCCCCUACAUGUUGGGCUAGUUUAAACACAACCUAUUGUGUUAAGCUGGAGCAGAUAGCUGAGCUCACAUCAGCUCACUAUCAACACAUCUGCCUUCUGCUGCUGUCGUCACUUUGUUGAUUUUAACAUUUAGGAGUGUUUCUUUUGAUCCCUGUUUUGUGUCCCCCUAAUGCCCUCCAGAGAAAUGGAACUGAUAUGUUGUUACAAUCUUAAAGGGAUAGUUGGGCUUCUUUUCAAAUGGGGUUGUAUGAGGUACUUAUCGAUAGUCAGUGUAUUACCUACAGUAGAUGUCAGUUGGCAAGCUCCCAGUUCGCAGAAGCAGUCGGAGGCUCAGCUAUGUACUGCUUUGGAUGGUGGUCAGCGGCAAAACAUAUUUUAGUCACUUAAGAAAAGACAUACCUACAAACAUUAUCAGUCUAACAGGAUGAUACAUUGAGAAUAUUGUCACUGCUUUAACUUGCCUUUACCUCGCCGUCAGACAGCCCUUUACUUUGGCACUAUUUUCUCUAAGCCGUAGAACUUCUGUAUUCUUACCUAAAAGCCAAGCUGUGCCACUCUCUGUAUUGCACUGCAGGUCAGUUGUUGGGGCCAGAAAGUGCUGCUGCAUGAUCAGACUAAAACCAAACUUUUUCUGGGCUGUUCAAAUAGAAAUUAAAACAGCUGUAUUUAAUUCCACUGAAUAUAGACCUCAAAACUCCACCUGCAAACUGAGACAACUGGCCAUUUAGAGUUAACAUUUCUCUCAAAAGGAUUAUGUGAAACCACCACCCAAUAAGCUAGAGAGAAAGAAGAAAACUGCUGUACCCAACUAUUUGGUAAAAUUAGGGCUAAUACCUACAAGUAAUGAUCCUUCCCAAAGUUCAUCUACAGAAACCUUAUUACUUCUUUUUCUUCCUCAAGAUAGUCAAGUUUGAUCGUCUUUUCAGCGCUUUGUCAGUCACUUCUUUUACUAUAGUGAGGGUAAAAUGGAGCAUGAGAUGGAUAGGCUGUUUGGUGCAGAGUCUGUUGUGAUGCGGGCACUGUGCCGGACUGUUGUGGUGGAGAGGGAGCUGAGCCAGAAGGCAAAGCUUCUAAUUUACCGGUCCAUCUACGUCCCAGUCCUCACCUAUGGUCAUGAGCUUUAGGUAGUGACAGAAAGAAUUAGAUUGCUGAUAUAAGCGGCUGAAGAGUUUCCUCCAUACGGUAGCUGGGCUCAGCCUUAGAAAUAGGGUGAGGAGCUCAGACAUCUGGAGGGAGCUCGGAGUAGAGCCGCUGCUCCUUCGCAUUGAAAGGGGCCAGCUAGGGUGGUACGGCCCACUGGUAGGAGGCUCAGAACACGUUGGAAGAAUUAUAUUUCUCAUCUGGCCUGGAAACAGAUCCUAACCAAGUCCAGGUAGCAGUAGCCCUCUGGGUCUGUGAGCAUGAGUUUACAGUUUCAAAAGUUAGUUUCUACUCUUUCUGGCCCUCCGGUUUCCAUACAAGUUUCCCCCUCUCUCUUUUUCAGCCUGUACAGUUUCCUUCCACAAAAUUUCUUCUUCUAUAUACUGUGGUUCACAAAGGUAUCCUUUUGUCUCCACAGUGAACAGCAUUUUAUCAGCAUUGUCAUAAUCACUCUGUUUGUUAUUUUUUUGUAUUUGUUGUCUCUUCCAUAAUCCACUAAAAGCCUGACCCAAACAGCUGACCUGCAGCACAACAUGGAGAGCAGCACAGUUAGGCUUUUGGAUAAGAAUACAGAAGUUGUACAACUGAGAAAAUGUACUGCCAGUGGAAAGGGCUUUCUGAUGGCGAGGUAAAGCGGUGAAAAUAUUCUCAAUAUAGUGUUCACUUAGACUGAUAAUGAUUUUGUUAGAUUUAUUUAUUUAUUUUGAUUGAAAUAUGUUUUGUUGCUGCCCCCUGUCUACAGCAGUACAUUGCUGAGCCUACAUGGUGGUACUCUGGGAGCGUUUCAGCUAACAUGUAAGUUAGUAAUAGUAUGUAAUGCACUGACUAUGGAUAAGUAUGUCAUACACCCCCAUUCCAAAAAAAAUCCAAGCUAUCCAUUUAAGAACAGUAUGCUGGUUUUAGAUCACAGUAAAAUGAGGAAGGUUUGAUGCUAACUGGUUGUGGGAUGGAAAACACAAUGGCAGAAAAGCACUUUCUUUAGAUUUAUUGUGAAGGGAAAAAUGCCAGCAAAAAAGUCAAAAUAUGGAGACAAUUUUUUAUUUAUGUUAUGAGCAUAAAGUCAAUUCUUUAAAAAAAAAAAGGUCAAUAUGAGAACAAAAAAAGUAAUUUAGGAGACAAGUCAUAAUCAUUUAAGAAUGAAGUUGUCAUUUUACGGAACAUUUUUAAUAUUUAGAGAUAGUCAUUAUAUAAAAAGUCAUUUUGAAGCUAAGUUGUAAUUUCAAAAAAAAAAUUGUAAUAAUUUGAGAUAAAGAGGGAGAAGUCACAAUGCUUCAUGAGUAAAUUUGAUCAGGAAAUCUACAUUUUUCCUCUAAACUUAUUUUCAGGUUCUGACUUAAUUUCAUGAAAGGGGGGGGGGGGGUUUCUAUUUCUUUCAUUUACAAUUUCAACUUUAUUCUCAAAACACAACAAUCAAAAUAUUCUAUUUUUAUUUUUAAUAUGUGGGAUUAUUUUCUUGGAACAGCAGCCCUUAUACUCUGUAGUUGUAGUGCACAGUGGUCAGGCUGUUCUCAUGCACUGUUGGUUGGUACCAGUAGUUACAGGAACUAUUGAAAUAGUUGCAGUGCUGCACUGUAGCAGGCAGCUGACUCUCCAUGCUAAUAAACAAACACUCCUUCACACCUUCCUUCCUUCCCCUCUGAAUGUUAGCUAUCUGUGGGUCUAUAACAUGAAUUACAUUUUUAUAAACCCAUGCAGGAACCUCUGUUUUACCUGAAGAGAAAAGGUUUUAAUUUUGACUCCAUAUUGCACUCAGACAAUCUGUUUUAACUUGUUUUUGAAAUGAUUUCUACUAGAAUGAGUUCAUAUGAUCUGUCAGAACCCCGUUAUAUGUGGACAGUGGCUCUUUCUAGAGGUAAGAGUUUUACUUUAAUAAAUGAGACAUCAAAAGAAAAGCUGGUGGUUAAUCGAAGUGGGUGUGUGCACUCCUCUGUAGCAAGAUGAUGAAAUGUUACUGCUGACCAUAUAUUUUAAAUGAAGUAUUGCUAUUGUUUUAUCCAUAUUUUAAUGUGUUGCUGGUAGAGAACAUAAGUUGUGUCUGGCUCAAGUAGUGUGUCCUGAUUUGAUCUCUGCUGACUUCUUUCAGUACCACCUGCACCCAUGUCUCCUGCAGCUGACUGUACAUGUGGGUGCAGUGUGUCGACUGGUGUAUAUAUAGUAUGUUGAAAAGUAAAGUUUAUUUUUAAAAUGUGUACAUUUUGUGGAGCGAUGUGCUGUUGAUGACAGGAGCCUGUGUGAAGUGUCACUGGUUAGAAUAAGUGUGUGUGGUGCAGGUUAACCAGUAGGAGUUCACCUGUGCUUUAAAAGGGGCUGGCCAACAGAUGAAAGACAGGGAAGAUGAAAUGGGAAAAUUCUUUAAGGGCAUUGGCAAUAAGCUAUCUGGUGUGUUGCAGCUAUUUGUACAGAAAUGUUUUCAUUAGUUAAUUUUUUUUAAAUUCCAAACUUGUGCACCCUCACAGCAGCUGACUAAACAGAAACACAGGAAAGCUAUGUUUGAAAUAUUUCUUUGUCUCUUUGGUUGUUGUCUGAGUUUUCUUUUUCAGAGUAGAUGUAAAUAGGGUUGUAAAUAUGGUGCUCUUUCUCUUUAUCUAGAACAACAGAGUGAACCCUUUGGUGCAUAGUUGUACAGUAAUCUAGCCUUAUGAUAAUUAGUAAUACUGUAUGGGUGUCUCAGCUAAAAGUAAAGCCUAUUCAUACUGUCAGGUCUGUUUGACUGUUGUCUUACUCAGUUGUAUCCAGGUGAAUGAUGUGCAUGUGUUUCAGUGUUUAACAUUCAAUGACACACAGAGAGAAUCAGCCACAGAAAUGUUACUGGACCAAAAAGCAGCAGCAGCAGAAGAAGAAAAGGGGGCAAAAAGAAAAAAAAAGAGUUAGAACUGACAGAAAUAUUCAAUGUAUUAUUCUGUAGUUGAUAUCAGUUGUCAGAAGUUACAUAUAGCUAUGGUAAUAUCCAAAAAUAAAAUGUGAAAUACA